ACCUCUAAACUUGGCCUCAAUCGGUCUCCAAGCGCUGCAAGAGGCAAAGAACAACCGUUCUAGUUGGUUUGCUGCAAUUAGGUUAUUGAAUGUGCAGUGAGUGACACUAGCCAGAAAACAAAUCUAAGCCAAGUUACCAUGAAGUCCGCCUGCCUGAUCAUUCUGGCAUCUCUUGUGGUCUGCAACCUGACGUUGGCUCCAGGACAGGGCAUCCCCGCUGAGGAGGAAACGGGGGACCGGCAGACUAUUGACGAUAUCAUCCUACAGAGAGCCGAGAGCCUCCUGCUCCGCUCCAUUCUCAAAAAUAUAGGGGAUGAGGAUGGCGCGAACGAAGGGUUGACCUCUCAGCCAGAGUGGCUGGUGAAGCGGCAGCAUCCCGGUAAGAGGUACCAGGAGGAGCUGGAAAAAAGGCAACACCCUGGGAAGCGAGAGGAGGACGAGGACGAGGACGAAGACUAUGGCGAGGUUCAGAAAAGACAGCACCCGGGAAAACGCGAAGACGAAUUUGACUCUUUUGUGGAGCUCCAGAGAAGACAGCAUCCAGGCAAGCGCAUAAUACUGGAGCAGAUUACAGAGAACCCCGCAUUUCUAAGUGAACUCUCCAAACGUCAGCACCCCGGCAAGCGCUACGUGAUGUACUACAGUAAGCGCCAGCAUCCCGGCAGGCGAGAGGUGGACGACGAGUCAGACGCAGGGGACCUCAGGGAGUUGGAGAAGCGCCAACACCCCGGCAAACGCUACUUGGAUAACACGAGCCCGGAUUUGGGCGCCAACAGUCCCUGUGACGUGCUGGACCCUGGCUGCAGUAAGGCCAACCUGUUGCUCCAGCUAUUAGACAACGUGAACAAGAGUCGCGCAGAGAAGAGACAGCACCCAGGCAAAAGGUCCGCACCUGUCGAGGAUUUGACCGAACAGGAGUAACUAGCGGGGCUGAUGAAGCCCACGUGGGGAAGAAAUAAAGACUAAAGCGACGGGAUUAGCUAUUGGCUCUGCAGUCUGUCUGUAUCCAGCUGAGGACGCAGUCUCGGAAUCUGCUCUUUUUCUGUCUGACCUUGAAUUGAAUAGGCUAAGUGUAAUUUUCAGAGUUAUAUAAAGUAAAUGUGUUAUAUACGACAAAUUGACCUGUAGUUUGUUUUAUGAUUUAGGCCUAAUGCGUUUGUGGUAAAAUAUAUGUGGAUAUACCCCUGCAAAAUCAUUUAGUGCGUCUCUUGAUUACUUUUCUACUUGAAUAUUCUUGCAUGGUAUAACGACUGAUUAAUUGUUGUGCAUUUUCUAUUACUUUUUCCUUAAAGCCUAUUAUGACUCUUACAACUCUAUACAAUAAAACGCAUUGGUACAGAUGACUGAG